GAACAAAGAAGCGGGGGAAAAUUAUAAGGUAACAGAAGAAGCAAGGAAGCAGAAAGGGGAGGAUGUCACUGACUUGCAGAGUCUGGAACAACAAUUUGAUGGCCGGGCUCAAGACCCCAUCUCUGGCCAGUAUUACCUGUUUGACAGCAGCACUGGAGCACGGCGCUGGGUGUGAGCAUGAAGGAAAAUGAAGAGACAGCUUUCUGGACACCAGGAACUCUCUCUUGGGUAUCUGCUAUAUAUGUUGAUAAUGGUGGCACAACGGUAGCUUUCCAUUAGUUACAUGUAUUUUAAUAAUCAGAGGUUGCCACUUUCCUUUCUUCUUUUGCUAUUCUGGUUUCCAUUGUUGUUUCAUCGGUGAAAAGUUCUUUCCACUACAUCUUAUGGUGUCCCUAUAUCUGUAAAUUCUCCAUAUUAUGGAAGAAGGUAAGAAUGGUGAUAUGGCACUAGGCAACACAUCAACCCACUUCUCCCUCCAUCUUACAAAGACAUGUGUCUAUGAGAAAGUGCUGUAAUAAAGGCCCUUUUAGUGUUGCUUGAGUACAGAAGAAUUGUAUGUGAACUGUAAAAUCUGGUUCAAAAACAAGGGAUAGCAACUGAGUUUAAUAUUAAAUCAUCUAUUUCUCUGGUUAGGCAUAUUCAUUUCUGUUGUAGCUCAGUGGUUCUGAAGUUUUGUGUCAUUUCGCAAUAUAGCAUCAUGUACAUAUUUCUUUCCUUCGAUUUCAUUUCUCUUGCUGAUUGUUGGGGAUGCUUGAAUAACUGGGAAAUAACAAAAGAAUUACUGUAUGCAUCGCACCAACCUGUUGGGUGAGCGUUCCAAAGUCAAACACAGCAACAUGAGAUACAGUAACUGUAAUUUUCUAAUACUUUAUUCAGUGCAGGUUAGGUUGGAUUCAUGGUGGGGCAUAUUUUUUCCAGGUGCUCCCUAGGCAAAGCUUUACUCACAUUAGUGCUAUUAUAGUAUAAUAAAGUGAAUAAAAAUAAAUAA